CCCCAGCAGGAUUGUCACCCAGCAGCGCCCCUCCUUAGGCUGUGCAACGUGCGCCUGUGAGCUGCAGGCUCAAGUGCAAUUUAACAGAGUUAACAAACAACAGAACCCCGUAUAUAUCUCGGCGGAGGCACAGGCUGCAGCCUCGGCCGCCGCCGCAGGCAAGCAGCAUCCACCGCCGGCCCUCUCCCGGCAGCUCCGGAGGCCUUCCCGGCCGCUCGCAGGCAAACGGAGGAAGGGAAGAGCCGCAGCAGCUCCUGCCCCGGGCCAAGGACAUGAUGGAGCUCUUAGAGGAAGAUCUGACCUGUCCCAUUUGCUGUAGCCUGUUUGACGAUCCUCGUGUCCUGCCCUGUUCACACAAUUUCUGCAGAAAGUGUCUGGAAGGAAUUCUUGAGGGAAAUGUGCGGAAUGUGCUUUGGAGGCCAUCCCCUUUCAAGUGCCCCACAUGCAGAAAGGAGACUCCUGUCACUGGAGUCAACAGCUUGCAGGUCAACUAUUCCCUGAAAGGCAUCGUGGAGAAGUACAACAAAAUCAAAGUAACUCCAAAAAUGCCUGUGUGCAAAGUGCACAGCGGGCAACCCCUUAACAUUUUUUGCAGGACAGACAUGCAGCUGAUCUGUGGGGUUUGUGCCACCCGUGGUGACCACACAAAGCAUGUUUUCUGUUCCAUUGAAGAAGCUUAUUCCCAGGAGAAGCGGGCUUUUGAAACCUUGUUUCAGGGCUUUGAAACUUGGCGUUGUGGAGAUGCCCUCUCACGGCUGGAUACCUUAGAGACCAGCAAGAGGAAAGCUCUGCAGAUGCUGACGAAAGAUUCUGACAAAGUGAAGGAGUUCUUUGAGAAGCUGCAGCACACGCUGGAGCAGAAGAGAAAUGAGAUUCUGUCUGACUUUGAGACCAUGAAGCUUGCGGUGAUGCAGGCCUACGAUCCGGAAAUCAAUAAACUGAACACCAUUCUGCAAGAGCAGCGGAUGGCUUUUAACAUUGCAGAGGCCUUCAAAGAUGUGUCCGAGCCCAUUAUAUUUCUGCAGCAGAUGCAGGAGUUCAGGGAAAAAAUCAAGGUGCUUAAAGAAACCCCUUUACCUUGUUCCACUGUGGACAUCAGUCCCACAAUGAAGAGCUUUGAUACCAGCCAGUGGAAUGGAAUAAAGCUUGUUGAUGUGGACAAACUUUCCUUGCCUCAGGAAAGCAACACUUUCAAAUUCAAGAUUCCCUCGGUCUUUUCACGCAGAUUUAUAGUGAACUCUCUUAUUUUCUUGCUCAUUCUUGCUGUCACCAGAAUGUCCUUUGUGGAGUCGGUCAUUGACAAUCUCCAGUGCUGGAAAUCUCAGUUCCUUACAAUUUGCUUGUCCUAUUUGGCAGAUACCGUGGAGAUAGCAGAUCAUGCAGUCUUUUACUGGGAACAGAUGACAGAUGGAGCUUCACUCUUAAGAGAAAAGUGUAAAAACUAUACGUUGGUUGUACUGGAUAACGUCGCACAGUUUGUGUGCAAAUAUAAACUGUUGUGAAGUGU